ACUGGUGUGACUCCUCUCAAGGGGACGUGUUUGAAGGACAUGGCUUUUUAUCUCCCACUUCGCCGUAAUGAAAUGAGCCGUUACAGUAAGGUAGCUCUCUGUAGAUCUAGACGUCCAGCUGUCUGUUGUUAGAGCGACAGACUGCGUUUCUGACAACUCGCUCUCAAGUUGUUCUUUUGUAUAAGGCAGGUAUUAAUGUCUGGGCAAAAUGUGUACGGGAAGGAAUAGUGUAGCUCAACCACUUGUUUCUGAACCACGCAUUCUCUGCCACAAAGAAGGGUCUCAUAUCCGCCGCUAUGAAUUUUGCUAUCGCUGCGUUGAUUUCUUUACGCUUCGAACACACCGACUGUGUCAUUGCAUCACUGCUGCAUAACAUUUUGCGCAGCUAGGCAACUAUACUGAUAUACUGAUGCAGGUAUCUUUUGCAGAUGGUCGCAUGCGGUUGGACACAUGGAGAUAAUCAUUUUCGCAGUAUCCUCAAAACCGUGUCUUUUUGACACAACUGCUGACAGCUACAGGGACAUAAACACAAAAAAUGCUGUUUGGAGACAAGUGUCCACGAUAGUAGGAUUGCCAGAAGAAGACUGUAGGAGGAAGUGGAGAGUACUCAGGGACAGGUAUCAGAGAGAGAGAAGGGCAGAGAAAGAGGAGAGGUCUGGGUCAGCAGCUUCAGGCCAGCAGCCUUGGCACUUCUGCCACAUUCUUUCUUUUCUGGAUCCAUUUAUUGUGCCUAUGGCAACGAGUGGCAAUUGUACAGCCAGACCCUCUACUACGUCAUCCACAAGUGUUGUCGCCACCGGUGCAUCAAGACCCUCAACGUCAUCUACAAGUGCGACCAUCGCCUCCACCGGUGCAGCAAGACCCUCUACAACGUCUACAUCAUCCACAAGUAUGACCACCACCGGUGCAGCCAUGGAAGAUGAUGAAAUGGAGGAAGCACCUCUGGAUCUCGGACCAGCUGAGAUUAUUAUGAACCUCAUGGAAGUGACCACUGAGGACCUCGUUGAACAGGAUGUGGCCGUGGAGACAAACAAGGAGAGAAACAGAGAGAGAAACGAAGAGGAACAACGUCACACCAGGCGUCAUCGGAGGUUCCAGCCCCCAGAUCCACUCAACUCAUUUCAGCAGAGGCUCCUCCAAGCCGUCGAGAGGGAUGCAGCCCAACCUGAUGCUCACAGGAAGGAGGAUGAAUAGACCCUCUUUGCCAUGAGCCUAGUGCCAACACUGAAGAGGCUGCCUCAGCAAAGAAAAGCAGCAGUCAAGGUUAAAAUGUAUCAGCUGCUUUUCGAAGCCGAGUUCAAUGAGAUGGAGUCCAUUUAGCCGACCAGCUCACAGGAAGGACAGGAAGAGGAGAGGAGUUGUCUUGUUGUUGUUUUGACCUCCCUCAUUGUACCUUUCUUUUCACACACGUCAGUUCCGUUUAAAUUCAGUCAAUUCAUAAAGUAAUUUGUUUAUAAAGUCUUAGGAUAGCAUUCAUUAUUAGUGUUACAUAGAUUUCUGAAUUGAAACUCAUACACCGGAGAAUUCACAGAUGCUCUUGUUGGUCUCUUACGAGACUAAAGGUCAAUAUAUUUAUUUCAUUUAAAACCACUUGAAAACCAGGGUGUUGAAACUUUUUGUGAAGUUAUGUUCCAUCGACUGGUCCAUGACGUCCAGGGGCCAUUUGUUUGUUUAGCUGUGUUAUCGCUACCUAUUAUUAUUCUUUUUUUCAGAGACACACACACAUCUCUCCUCCACUCCUCUCUGUACCUCAGAUCUCCAGUGCCCUGCCCUCUCGCUCUUUAUGGCCAUGUAUGAAGUUCCCCUACCGCGUCUAGGCUUUAUGAGUAGUCCCUGUAUCUGUCUGCAGUUCCCCUACUACGUCUAGGCUUUAUGAGUAG